AAGACCCCAGUUCCCUGAAAUCAGAGAAGGAUUUCCUCACAGUUUCAAUAUUUAUACUGGGAUUUGGAGAAGGUCAUAUCAGACUACAAAGAGAUUUCAAUGAAUACUGAUAGGUUUCUGCAUCUAGACUCAGAGCAUUGUUGGUUAGAAUGGACUUCUCCAUCAGCACUGCAUUCUUCUUGGUCCUCUCCUGCUGCUUCUGGAAUGCAGAAGCCCGAUCUUAUAAUUCCAUCCUCAUGGUGUCAAAUGGAGGACCAUGGGGUGAUUGGGGAAACAUUCAAUUUUGUCCCCACGGUUAUGCCCAUGGCUUCUCAUUGAAGGUGGAAUGGAGUCAAGGUCGGGGGGAUGACACAGCUAUGAAUGGAAUCCGCCUGUACUGUACUGACGGUGCUGUAAUAGAGUCUAGGGUUGGACCAUGGGGAGAUUGGACAGCGAUUCAGUAUUGCCCAAGAGGCAACCUGGUCUCUUUCUCUCUGAGAGUGGAAGGACAACAAGGGAAAGGUGAUGAUACAGCAGCCAACAAUAUCCAGUUCACCUGUGAAGAUGGAACUGGACUCACUGGUAAUGGACAAGGCUGGGGCUCUUUUGGUCCAUGGAGCCGCCGCUGCUCUUCUGGAUCCAUCUGUGGGAUCCAGACAAGGGUGGAAGGUCAACAAGGGAAGGGUGAUGACACAGCCCUUAAUGAUGUGAAGCUCUUCUGCUGUAGCUGAACCAAGUCUUCCCAUGGGUUCACCAGAAAUGUUAUUCACUCUUUUUAUUAACCUGAGUACUGUGUAUAUAUAUCUGUGGGCCCAUUCACACUAGUCUAUACCAAAGCAGAUUGAUAGUUGUGAUUUUCUUUUUUUCAAUGCUGCUCUCCUUCUUAUGACCUACCUUUUAAUAUCUGUAAUUUACCUCUAACUGUGCAUCUAAAAUGUAGAAAUAAUGCAGUUGGACACCACUUUAAGUGUUAUUGCUCCAUCCCACGGAAUCAUUGGAUUUAUAGUUUUACAAGAUCUUUACCUUUCUUUGCCAAAGAGUCCCACAAAACUACAAUUUCCAGCAUUCUAUAGUAAGGAGCCAUGGCAGUCAAAUCUACCAUGUAGAUGCACCCUAUGAGAGUCAGUGUGGUGUAGUGGUUUUAGCCUACGUAUGUUGAAUCUUGAUGUCAUGCUUUAUUAAAUUUAAAGUAUAUGUGUGCAUUGUAAUCUAAAUUAAAAAUGCAGUCAAGUGUGCUGUAGUUUUUGGUCUCUGCUAUUACCUGUUAGUAAAAUACUAAAACUGAAA